AUCUCAUCACGACUCUUGGUACCAGGCACUUCUCCGUAGUGGGCACUCCACUCAUCGUGUCGUCUACGGGUUCGUGAGGCUGUGAGCCGCCCGGGCGAACGAGCGAGCAAGCGAACGUUGGUCGAGUGGGUCUAAGCGGCCGUGAGGACCUCUCCAGGAACCCAACAGUCCUCUCCAUUCAUUCAUCCAUCCAUCCAGCCAGCCAUCCAUCUAUCCAUAGAGCCGCUCCUCUCUACGGAGAGAGAGUGUAUCCUCGGUGAAGGUGGAGGCGAAGAGUAGAGUGGCACAUCGUCUAUCGGCAGAGUCCAAGGACUUGAAGACCCUCUGGGUGAUUUCAGUCGGCCGCCGGCCGGCUCUGCCGGCCACUCCUCGUCCACGUGCUUUUAUUUUAUAUUCCUUGGUCAAUUUCUAAAACUAAACAGUGUUUAAUGUCAUACCAAGUGUUACUGUGAACUGGCUAAAUUUGUGCGGACAUGAGACACGUGUUACUUGUUACUCGAGGGACCAGGACGUCUGAUGAUCAUAAUAAGCCGGUAUGGCUUUAGCUACUUAAUAUCAUUAUCAUAUAGUGACUUGAUUUUAUUUAUAUAUUUUUAAUAAUACUUUGGUGACAAAUAGUGAAAUGUAAUUUUUUUUUUUAAUUAUGCAAUAGUGCUGUUAUAUAAGUGCAUUGUGAUUAACUCUAAGGAUAUAUAUCUUCAUUUUUAUUAUUAAUCAUCUAAGUACUGACUUAAAAACAGUAAGAAGUGUCAUUGUUUUUUUUAUUCAACUUUUAUUUUCUUUUUUUUACUUAAAACCGUAUGGUAUAUUACUCUUGAUACGUGUUUAAUUAACUAAAACUUAACACCAGUUGGAAAUUAAUAAUUAAAAUUAUAAACAAUAAAAAAAAAAAUAAAUUACCCUGAAGUAUUUAAACGGCGUUAAUUUCGCCGAGAUGAGCGGCGGCAGUGGCGGAGGUGGAAAUGCUGGGAAUCAAGGUAGCAAUAAUGCUACAAGUUAUCACCAACAUCAACAACAGCAAAGCCAAUUGGAGCAAACCGGACUCCUGCCGGAUCUCAAUGGAGUCGAUUUGGCGAUGAGCUUGUCCCCAAAGCAACAUACGUCUCACGUACAAGGAGGUGGUGCCCAUUCAACGCCGUUCAGUGUAACAGAUAUUUUGUCCCCUAUAGAAGAGUCUUAUCGUAAAUUAGAGCUUGCAGCAGCAGCAGCUGCCGUCGGAGUUGGUGUCGGGGUUGUAUCACACCCUCAAGGUUCACCUUAUACAAACGCUUGUGGCGCUAGAGUUGGUGGUAAUACAGGAAGUUCCAGCGCUAGUAGUGGAAGCCCACCGCUUCACGGUGGUUCAACACCAGGAGGUAGUACACCAGGACCUGUUAGUGGUGCAAACGGUAGUGGUGGAGCCGGUUCGGCUAUCGGAAAUGGUGGAAUGAGUGCCAUGGGUAAUCCUUAUGCUACAAUGCAAUUAACUUCUCAGUAUCAAUAUUGUGCGGCUGAAUUAUCGCCCUAUCAUCAUGCUGGGCCAGGCGUUGGUGCCGGGGGUUCUGCUUCUGAUCCUAUGAGAUCACAUGCUGUUUCCUCUCAUCAUCAUCCCUGGUAUGCACCCGCACCACCUACCACUAAUGAUCCACGAUUUGCCAGUUUUGCAGUUUCGCGGCUAAUGGGAGCUGCGGGUGCUGGGAGUAACAUGGCAGGAUGUUCUGUGGGCCAGUCGAUGUCAGACGUUGGCAAGUCAUCGGGAAUGGGUGUAGGCGUUGGCGUUGGCGUCGGCGUCGGUAUGGGUGUCGGAGCGAUGCAAUUUCCCCUGGCACAGCGACGGAAACGACGAGUUCUAUUCACUCAAGCCCAAGUUUACGAACUAGAAAGGCGAUUUAAACAGCAAAAGUACCUCAGUGCACCUGAACGAGAACAUUUAGCGUCUCUUAUUCAUCUGACACCGACUCAGGUUAAAAUUUGGUUCCAAAAUCAUCGGUAUAAAUGCAAAAGACAAGCCAAGGAGAAAGCGAUGGCAGAACAAAAUGCACAAAAUCAAAGUGCCAGUUCACCUCGUCGGGUAGCAGUUCCAGUACUUGUGAAGGACGGCAAACCUUGUGGCAGCGGUGGAGGUGGUGGAAAUGAAGGCAGUCGAGGUGGACCAAGUGCUGCAUUAGCGAGUCCGGCACCUCAUAUGACAGCAGCAUCAAGUCCUCAUGGUACUCACCAUGGGGCAAGUGUCUCCCAUCAUUCAGUUGUCGGUGUUAGCCAUGUAAUGUCCUCUAGCCAAAGUCUCCAGCACUGUUCUUAUACAAGGGCCGGUGCUCAACAAGGCAUGCAACAACAACAACAAGCCCAGUGCGGGGCUUACUUACCGCUUCAGGGUAGAGCUUGGUAGUGCGCGCCAUCCGCGGCGGGGGCAGCGGCCUACGCCAAUCCCUCCGUCGCAGGCCCCUGGGCCCUCGCCGCGGAUCCGGCAGCGUGGUAUGCUAUUCCAGAUGAUAGCCCGUAAAUAUAAAAAUCACCAAUUCCCAAUUAAGCAUUUGUCCCUUUUAAUCUAUAAGUAUGUUAUUAUAUUGUAAAAAUUUAAAUCGAAAAGUCUAAAACAUAUUUGUAAAAAUUUUCAAACCGGUGAAAGUUUAAAUUAAUUUUUUUAUGUAAUAUCAAUUUGAAAGCAUCAGAAAUUGUAAAGUUAUUGAAUUAAAUAUUAAUCAAUUGCGGUGAUAUAGGUUUUACCAGUGAUUAUUUUUAUUUUUUAAAAUUAUGUAUACUAAAGAGAAAAAAAUUUUAUUGGAUGAAUUUUUAAGAGAGUUUAUAAAAUAUAUAUACUUGGAUCAAAGUAAUAGGUGUAGACUUAACGUGGAAAAUACCGAUGAUGUAAGAUUAUUAUUUUUAUUCAGGUAAAUAUUACAAUUUUUUGAUAUACACGCAAGAAAAAUUGUAGUUAUAACGGCAAGUAGUUCUGUGUUAUUAUAUUUAUUAGUUAAAAGAAUACUCAAUACUUUUAUCAAUAAAUUUUUUUAACCCCUUCAGUUGUGGUAUAAAUUUUUCUUUAUAGUUUUCUCGAAUCAAGUAAAUUUUUUUUUCUGUAUGUUUAUAUUUAUAUCAAGUAUUUUUUUCCAAAUACAUUAUAUUUACUUAUUUGAAAUUGAAGUUACGUGAGGGUAAAAACCUCAAAUUAAUAGUACUUUGUUAUUAAUUUUAAUUGUUCAAAUAUAAGUUUUGUAAAUGUAACAAAAAGCUUAAUUUAAAGAGAUUAGUUUUGUAGGUACGAAAAAAAGGCUUGCUACAGCUACUGCGUUUUUUCCGUGUACAUAUCAAAAACUCUCAUCAAUCAACGAUUAAAGAGAAUGUAUGUAAUAGACUCAAUUAAAAUUGUUCCUUAUUAUAGAGGAAUUUUAAAAACAAUUAUUUAAAAUGAUGUUAUUGUUAACAUCUCUAAAAAUGUCCAUGAUUAUUUUUAUUUAAAAUAAAUAAAAUAGUGUAACUAAAUUGGUGAUUACAUAUGAUGUAUAUAUAAGUAAAAUUAGCUUGUGAAAGAAGUGUCAUAUAGAAUAAAGUAUUGAAGGGAUAAGAAAUUAUGAAUCAAUGAAACUGGAUAUAUGAGGUACGAAGGGAUUCGAAUAAAUGUAAUUCGGAAAAGAAAAAAUAUUUUUGUUUUAUUUUAAAAAUAUUUUUUCUUAGGACCUCAUGUAUGCAGUAAAAAUCGGGCACAUAAAAAGUUUAAUUUUUUUUUUUUAUUUGGAAUAUGGUGAUGAAUAAGAAUAAGAGAAGACAUGUAAAUAUAAAAACCCUCGUCCCACUCGAGAAUACUUAGUGGAGAUUAUUCUCGACGUACCAACGAAUUUUUAAAAUUUGAUUAUGUGAUGUGGUGUUAUACAAGUAAUGUUAGAAAAUUAAAUAAUUAUUGAUAUAUUAAUAUAACAAUUAAAAUAAAAAGAGAAACAAAUAAUUAAAAUAAAAUUAAAUAAUAAUUCAUAAUAUAGUGGGUAGAGAAUGUGAGGGUAAAAAUGAAACUAGUAGAAAUUAUUAAUAUUAUUAUUAUUAUGAUUAUGAUGAUUAUUAUUAUUUCUAUUUCUAUUAUUAUUAUAAUUAUAAUAAAGUUUUGUAAAUAAUUAAAAACAAAAAAGAGAUAUUAAUAAAAAUAAUACUAAUACGGAUAGAACAAUGCUUAUGCAUGGUAUAAAUGUUAUCAUUUUAUUCAUUUAAUUUAUAGCAAUUAUUUAUAGUUUAUGAUUAUUGAUUAUUAUAUUUGUACUAUUUGAGGAAUGAAUCAAAUACUGAAAUCCUUCUGCGUAUUAUUGAUUGUACUAGCUCCACAAUGCCAAUAAAACUAAGAAUGUUUCAUUA